UGCAAAUGCAGCCCGGGUGCCCCGACACAGCCGAGCAGCAGGGAGCCUCCCUGGCCCUUGCCCCAUGCCUGCCUUCCCCCGCAGCCGUGGACGAGCAGAACAAGCAGACUCAGGCCUAUCGGAGCAAGAAGGACAGCUUGGAAGAGCUCGGCAAAGCGCCCGAACCCCUUGCUUCCCGGCGGGGCACGGUGAUCUCCCCCACCUCCUCCAUCUUCCUGGACAGACCGGACAGCUUCAGCGCCGCGCACUUCGCCGAGGACCCCAACACCAUACAGUUCUCCGAAAGGUGCGUCAUGAACAACUACUUCGGCAUCGGCCUGGACGCCAAGAUCUCUCUGGAGUUCAACAACAAGCGGGACGAGCACCCCAAAAAGUGCAGGUAG